AUGCCGCGCGGGAGCUCGCGAAAACACUCCAAACAGGCUGGAACCCACGGCUCGGAGGCGUUCACGCACGCCGAACGCAAAGCCUUGGGCUACGGGGUCGUGAAAGAGCGCCUGGGUAAGGAAACGGUGAAGGAUUUUCACGCGUGCGCGUUGACGCUGCGCGAGACGGACGACGCGGUGUGCACGCGCGCGGGCGUCGUGUACGACCGCGGAGCGAUCGUGGAGUCUUUGGCGACGCAGCGGUUGGAGCAGGAGCGGAAGUUGCGAAAGUGGGAGCGGGAGGAGGCGGGAAAGGCGGCGGCGGAGGAAGAGCGGGCGAAGAAGCGUCGGCGAGACGCGGCGGAGGCGUUUCACGCGGAGAAUCACGCCGGUGUUCGGUUAGAGAAGAGCGGUGAUGAUGAUGAUUCGAAGACAUAUUCGGGGGCGACGUCGACGCAGGCGAUGGAGCUGAAUAAGCGGCGAACGGAGGGAUUGGAUGGGUUUUGGAAGAUGGACGGCGGCGUUCGCGACGAUUUGACGCACGAAUGCAAGAAACCGGAUCUAGAGACCAAGUGUCCGACGACGCUGGAGAAGUUGAGGAUGAAAGAUUUGGUGCCGAUCAAGUGGACAAAAGUGCGAGUCGGGGAGAGCGGGAGGUACAUGUGUCCCGUGACGUUUAAGACGUUGACGAACACGACGAGCAUCGUGGUGCUCAAGCCGACGGGAGACGCGCUCAGCGAGGAGGGAUACAAGCUUGCGGUCGAGAAGGAGGGGUCGUAUAACGGGGUGAAGAUUCGAAAGGAUAAGGACGUGAUUAGAUUACAAAAGGGCGGGAGUGGGUUCAGCGCCUCGGGGACGCAGGUCGAGUCCAAGGCGGAGUUCGCGCUCGGUCUGGCCGGCGGCGCCGAACUCAGAGGGCAAAACAGAGGCGGCGGAUCGAAGUUCGGAUUGCGAUUUUCGAACUGA